CUCUAGAUUUUAUGCUUGUUGAAGUUCAUGAUGAGUUCAGGCAAAGAUCUAAGUUGGGUUUGCUAAGUUUCUUGCAUUGGUGAAAGGUCGAACUUGUGGGGAGGUGACUUGAAUCACUGGCUCAGCUCCUGUUGGUCCGAGGCUUCUUACAAGCUUGAAGCUUUUUUUGAGAGUCUCUGUAAACCUUCUUGCUUUUCUUUCUUCUGGGUAGCUGAAGGAGAAGCUGAGGAAGGCUCACGGCCGGUUUCUUUCAGUUCUUGUGCAUCACAUAAGGUUUUGGUGGGCAGAACUUGGAAGUGCAAGUGUACAUGAGUUGGCCGUUUUGUUCCGCUCACAAAGAUUCAAGAUUUGAAUUGAACCUGAGAUUUUCAUUUCCUUAUUCAGUUCUAAAUUCUAAGAGUUCGUGUGGCAAUGGAGACAAGCUUCCUGUUGGCUAAACUCAACAUGUUGAUGACCUCUGAUCAUUCCUCGGUUGUGUCCAUGAACCUCUUUGUGGCACUUCUUUGUGCCUGUAUUGUGGUAGGCCACUUGUUGGAGGAGUACAGGUGGAUGAAUGAAUCCAUCACAGCCCUUGCCAUUGGUCUGUGCACUGGAGGUGUAAUUUUGCUUACUACUGAAGGAAAGAGCUCUCGUCUUUUGGUUUUCAGCGAAGAUCUUUUCUUCAUCUAUCUUCUUCCGCCUAUUAUAUUCAAUGCCGGGUUCCAAGUAAAAAAGAAGCAAUUUUUUCGCAACUUCAUGACAAUCAUGCUCUUCGGUGCGAUUGGUACUCUAAUAUCCUUCGGUAUCAUAUCACUAGGUGCCGUACACAUCUUUCAGAAAAUGAAAAUCGGUCCACUUGAAAUGGGAGAUUAUCUGGCGAUUGGAGCGAUACUUUCCGCGACAGAUUCUGUCUGCACCUUGCAGGUGCUUAAUCAGGACGAGACGCCUCUACUAUACAGUCUGGUCUUUGGUGAAGGUGUCGUGAAUGAUGCCACAUCAGUUGUCCUGUUCAAUGCUAUUAAGAGCUUCGACCUUACCCACAUCAACUCCAGGAUCGCUCUGGAGUUCAUGGGCAACUUCUUAUACUUGUUUAUCUCAAGCACGAUGCUUGGAGUUUUGGCGGGGCUGCUCUGUGCUUACAUUGUUAAAAAACUCUACUUUGGCAGGCACUCUACAGAUCGCGAGGUUGCACUGAUGAUACUCAUGGCAUACUUGUCAUAUAUGUUGGCUGAAUUGUUUUACUUAAGCGCCAUCCUCACUGUGUUCUUCUGUGGAAUUGUCAUGUCGCACUAUACAUGGCAUAAUGUGACAGAGAGUUCAAGAGUGACCACUAAGCAUGUUUUUGCCACUUUGUCGUUUGUUGCCGAGAUCCUCAUCUUCCUUUAUGUUGGAAUGGAUGCGUUAGAUAUCGAGAAGUGGGGAGUUGUCAGAAAUAGUCCUGGAAAAUCGAUCAAGGUCAGCUCGAUAUUGUUGGGACUCGUUCUGAUAGGAAGAGCGGCCUUCGUUUUUCCCCUAUCAUUCUUAUCCAACUUGACUAGGAAGUCUAAGUACGAGAAGAUCGAUUUAAAGCAGCAGGUCACAAUUUGGUGGGCAGGGCUUAUGCGUGGCGCUGUCUCCAUGGCACUCGCUUAUACCCAGUUUACUCGGUCCGAUGCAAAGUUGCGGGGAAAUGCGUUUAUGAUCACGAGUACCAUCACGGUCGUUCUGUUUAGCACUGUGGUGUUUGGACUGUUGACAAAGCCUCUAGUGAGAAUCUUGCUUCCUUCGACCAAAUACUUUGCCAGCACGACAUCUUCCGAGCCAUCAAGUCCCAAAUCCUUCACUCAGCCUCUGCUCAGCAAUGGACAGGACUUGGAGUCUCACCAGAAUGGCAAAAGCAUACUCCGACCGAGCAGUUUGCGCAAGCUCCUGAGCACGCCUACUCACACGGUGCACCAUUACUGGCGAAGAUUCGACGAUGCCUUCAUGAGGCCUGUGUUUGGCGGGCGAGGUUUUGUGCCUUUCAUUCCAUGCUCGCCCACCGAUCAAGACGAUCAUCAGUGGCUCUAAAAAAAGCCGAAGGCAAGAUCAAGAACUAAUGAUUUUGUAAAUAGGACAAAUUGAUACACAGGUUUUUUCCAGUGUGAAGUUUUGACGACUUUGACAAGAUUGAUGUCGCAUACAGAGAGCAGCAGCAUUUUAUUCGAUGCAGCUACUUUGCAUUUUUGUGAUAGAGAGAUCUGAUUUCUUCCCCUUGUUUUUCUUUCUUGGGGUUUCUUUGUUUGUCUUGGGAAUGUAUUAAGAGAGUGCUGGCUUUUGUAAUCUCCUCCUCACUGGAUGAUAUCUGUAUGUCUGCAGAAAGGAAAAG